ACGCCUCGCGGUCACGUGACUCUGUGCGAUCAGGGCUCUCCGCCGCUCCUCGGGCCAGAGCGCGAGGCGAGCGAUGCUGAUGAGGCUGAGAUGAGAGAUGCGAUCUUAUAGCCGCUCCUCCGGCGCGCCGAGACAAAAGUUAUGGCCCAGUCAUCCUGGGGAGACGAGAAGACAAGAAGGUCCUACAGCCCUUCAUCUCCGACAAGUCCCGCACUCCUGACGCUCUCAGAGAGGCGCACGCGCAGGCACGGCGCGAGACGUCCCCUCAGACCAUCUGUCAGGUCCGAGUGACUGAAACCUGGCUCAGAGGAGACGGGGGGAGAACUCGCAGUUUGCAUCUGUCUGAACACCCCCCUCCCUCCUCCCCCCACCGGCACUGUUGAAUUGAGCAAAGAGGCGCAAUGCAUCAGUCCUGCCAAGUGGAGAGAAGUGUCCCACAGCAAGGCACGGUUUAAAGCUGAUCUGGAUGCAGCCAUAGUUCCAAGUGCUCUUCACCCGCCCUGAGAAUGUCACUCAGAAAAUAAGACUUCUGAGUUCUCUCCGCCCCCUCAGUGCCUCCAGGCAUACCAUAAAGACAGCACUUCAGUGAAACAGAGGCCGUCAUGAAUCUGUUCAGGAAAGAUGCCAUGAGCACAAAGAAGGACAAGGAGAAAGAAAUCCAGUAUGAGGACCCUCCAGAUGGAGGGUGGGGCUGGAUGGUGGUGCUGCAUUGUUUCCUGGUGAAUGUCCUUGUGAUGGGAACACUAAAAAGUUUUGGUAUCUUCUUUGUGGCGUUUCAAGAUGAGUUUGGAGGUUCAUCAGAAAGCAUCAGCUGGAUAGGUUCAAUCAUGUCCAGUCUACGUCUGUCUGGAGCACCCAUUGCCUCUGUGGCCUGUGCCAAGCUGGGAGCAAGAGUAACGUCAAUCACAGGGGCUGUGCUGGUUAGCGGGGGCUUUAUUAUGAGCAUUUUUGCCAGCAGCGUGGUUUUCCUCUACAUUAGCAUGGGACUGAUAGUCGGAAUGGGUUUUGCUCUGCUGUACCAGUCUUUCUCAGUGAUAACAGCAUUGUACUUCAGGAAAAGACUGGCGACAGCGUAUGCAAUAGGGCGUUCAGGAAUGGGUUUGACCUUUGCCCUCGCUCCAUUCACUCAGCUGCUUCUGGAUCAGUACGCUUGGCAAGGAGCGAUGCUGAUUCUCGGAGGUCUCAUGCUGAACCUAGUGGCUUCCGGGAUGCUUCUGCGACCCAUCAAUGUGAAGCCAUCUGGUUCGAACCGUAACUCUUCAGCCAUCCAAAAGAGCCCUGCUGUUUCCAUCAAGAGUUCUCCAGAGAAGGAAUACUCAAAGAGCUGCUUGAACGGUUCUACCCCUUUAUCCAAUGGAUUCUCCAAAUCAGACCCUCUCCCACCCUCUCCCCCACCUCACAGGGACACUGAGAGCCUAACAGGUGAAUGUAUUCAAGGACAGGCACCGAACCCUGAACUGACCAGACUGGUUCUGAACGGUGUAAACAGCCAUGAGCUUCUCCAUGACUCAGGCCAGUGUAAGCCGUCAACUCCCAACAGCCCAGCAGAGCUGAACGGGAGCAUGAACGGGUCCACCACGGUUGGAUUUUCUUCACAAGCCAGCCUGCCGAGUGAGGUGACUGUCAGAAAAGCCAAAGUCUUGGAUUUUUCUUUGCUGAAGAACCCCUUCUUUUGCAUCUACACUUGGUCGUUGGUCUUCAGUCAGCUGGCUUACUUCAUCCCCUACUUCCACCUGUCUGCCAGGGCCAGAACUCUGGGCAUCGAUGCUAUGGAUGCUUCUUUUAUCAUCUCUGUGGCAGGUAUCACAGAGACCAUCGCCCAGUUGGCCUCAGGGUGGGUAACAGACCGGAACCUGCUCCAUAAAUAUCACUAUCACAAAGCCUACCUGAUCCUUUGUGGUUUGGUCAACCUGCUGUCCCCUCUGGCCACAUCCUACAUGCUGCUGAUGGUGUACGCUGUCUUCUUUGCUAUCUUCUGUGGUGGAUACAUGGCUCUGCUGCUACCUGUUCUGGUUGAUCUCGUCGGCUCUGAGAAACUCAAUAACUCUAUGGGCUUCUCCAUGUUCUUUGUGGGCUUGGGCUGCCUCACGGGGCCUCCUUUGGCAGGGUUCCUGUAUGACUACACGCAGACUUAUGACUGCUCCUUCUACCUGGCGGGCCUCUGCUAUCUACUGUCCUCCCUCUCUCUGUUCAUGGAGCCGCUCGCUCAGCGCUGGCAGCUCAGGAGAAAACUGCCCCAGAACAAGAAGGCCGAGAGCAGCUGUAGGAUUAACGGCUGCUUCACUCCUGACCACCUACAGAACGGUGCUGUGUAGGAAUGAAAUCUGGGGGUGGGGUGUUGAUCUUGAGCUAACAUGCUCAUGAUCGCAGGCCCUCAGACCUUGGACCCUGGACUCAAACCUGAAGUGGGGACCUUGGUCAUUGUUUCAACAAGCAAUACAGUGACACAAGAUUGUGGUCUGAACGUUCAAAUAAGCCAAAAUACUUUGACUCUUUAUUUUCUUAUUGACAUACAACUGAAGGUGUUCACUACAAAGGUAAUUUAUUGCAGGGAAAAAAACAUCUCUGAGUAAGACAACAAAACUGCACCAACUCUGCGUUGUGUUUGAAGAAUCGAUAAUGUGCGGUUGUUGUCAAAGUUUUAUCUUCAGCCAGUUCUAUGAGGACAAUAACAGAAGGAGGGGGCGUGUCCUGAGGAGCCUUCAGCUGUGUGUGUGAACCUGUAAGCACUGUUGUGCAUUUUGGGCCAAGUCACUGUUAUGUUGGGUGACAGUUCCUCUGACCUUUAACUGGCAGGUAAUCAAAUUACUGAGCAAAUAUAUCACUGCAGCCGGCUCCCAUGUCACAAUAUGUCAUCUUGUAAAUGAAGCCAAAAAAUCAGGUUUUCCCUGUAGUUUAACAGUAACUGGAUUCUGUUGAAUUGUUGAAGGCAUGUCAACACUGAACUCUCUGAUCUUUGAAUAUUUAGAGUUUUCUUAGCAAUACUGUUUUAUCCAGCAGAAUCUCAUCCAGGUUUAACGUUCAGAACCUUCAAUUUCUGGCUCAGAAUUUUGGAAAACCGUCAUUAUGGUUUUGAUUUUGGUAUUUCAUGAUCCAAUUGAGAUCAAUUUUCUGUUCCUCUAAACCCCAUCUUUCUUACUUGUUGCUAUUUGCUCACUUUUUUUUCACCAACUUCAGAUUUUAUUUUUUAAAGUCCAGAAGUUAUAAUUGGCAACUUUUUUGCCCUUGAAGUUGAGCUCAGAUAUAAGCUGUUUACGACACCUCCACAUACUCUGACUUGAUGUUUUUACACUCACACGAGCCUUUCGUAUAUCCACUGCUGACAUUCCUGCUUUCAGCUCUUAUUUUUAAACCGACACUGAAACUCCCUCAACAUAUAGAAGUCAGCAAGAGCACCCGACACUUUCACCAGUUUUACUCCAUAAAUAGCGUUCGAGCCACAAUAAACUCAUCUGUCACCACUAGGGUUGGGCAAUAUUGACAAACAUCACAAUUAACUGUGACGUUUAGCCAAAAACAAUUAAUAUGAUGAUUAAUAGAUGACAAUUGCACUUGCAUGUGGCUGAUGCAGUUCUGGUUCAUAUUUUCUGGCUUUCCUUGUGGUUUAUGUUGGUGUUUCAGGGGAUUAAAUAGGUUCGUUAGGGUUAGCAUUAGCUGCUUCACGCCACCUUCCACUAUUGGGCUCACAGGCCUGACAGUGAUGGUGUUUUAUAUACAAAAAUACAUCAUCACAAAGCACUAAUUGCAAAGUGGCAAAUAUUAAUUGACAGUUUUACUGAUGAUAAAGUGCACAGAAUACGGUUUUGCCCAAACCUAGUCACUACUCAUUGUUGUUUUUUAUUCUUUGUAAUGAUUUUGCUGGAAAUCCUUCGCACAAGUAAGAAUACUUCAUUUCGUGGGGAAAUAGCAAUAAAAGAAAAGAAAAUGGAACAAAUUAAAACCUCAGUUGUUGCUUUUUUAAAAGCCACAACUAUAAACUUUUUCUCACCUUGUUGGUCACGGUGAAAAUGCACAUUAACACACGUGUAGAUGUGACAAUAGUAACACAUAGCAGUUCUAUGCAAGAGCACACCGACUCAGCAUUUUCCUUAAAAUCUGAAUGUUGCAAACACACCAGCUCCUGAGAGAAGAAGCCAGUUCAGUCAUUCCCUACAUGUCUGAAUUUCUCUCAGCCUGAGGAGUGAUGGGGCCAAUAAGCUCCACUCAACAGCAGGGUUUUCUGUGCGUUUUGUGUCUAAUUUUUGCAUCAUUCUUUCAAUUUUUUUGUAUGUCAAAAAAAAAAAAACCUGACCAACUGUGUGUGAUGAUGAGCACGAAGGCCAAUGGGACUGAUUGAGAACUGUUGCCCAGACUUUUGCAGCGCUCAGCCAACUUAAAAGUUGCUGUUUAUAAAUGGGAGUAUGUCAGUUCUUUUUUAUGUUUUUAUUUCAUAUUUUUGUGAUUUUCAGUUUGCUCCUUUGGUUGUCACAGUUGCCUUAUGGGUGAUGUGUUUUUUUUACUAACUUUCUUGUGAACUCAGCCAAAGAUGCAUCAGAAACCUUCCUGCCACUUGAAGCCUCACUACAUGACUUUGUGUUUUUAUUUCUGCCCAUUGUCAUUUGACUAGCUGAAAAAAUAAAACACUGAUGUGUUUUAUUAUGCUGCCCUCUUGUGGACAAAGACGGCUCCUUCUCCAAGAAUGCAGUUUCAAUUAGCACCAAGUUAUUCCCCCUCAGCUGGUUUUCACAAUCCAGAGCAAGGCUCUUUGUAUUGUUUUUCUGAAAAGUCAUGCACAAAAGCUUUUUUUUUUUUUUUUUUGGCUCACGAGCUGCAUUCACUACAAGUGGUGAUUUGGGGCCAUAGAAGCUUCUCCACUAUGAACCUUUUGUAAAACAAACAAAAAAACUGUUUAAUGCUUUAAAGUGGACAUGGUUAUCGAUCAUUUUACUUGUUAGUCACUUGUUAAGUUGAAGGAUCUUUAUGUGUGAGCAACAUAUUAACUGAAACCCUGCUGAUAAAGACCAUUUGAACCCAGUGCCUUUUGAUUACGUAACAACUUGUUUCAACAGAUGCUCCAUCAGAUGGGGGAAGCAGGUAUUGGUCAACGUUCUGGCUCCUAAAUUUGUCAACAACCUCACUCAUUCUGCUCCAUUCAAACUUGAGGUUUUUUUUUUUGCCUUAAACACUUUUAAUGACUUGUGGUUCAGUGUGUUAUUUAAGACAACUAAGACCAAGUUAUUUACAGCCAGUUAAAUAUACUUUAUUGACACCAAACUUGAUAAACAUUUCACUUAUAUCAUUACAAUAAUGUACAAUUUUGGUUAUAUAUUGAACAUGAAUACAGUAUUUCUCAAAUUCACUUGAAAACAUUCCACAUGUUAUGUCAUUACUCAGCAUAGAAAGGUUGCUUACAGUAAAUAGGUCCAGGAGUCCAGUGUUGCCAAAACUCAUUGGUUCAGAUGAUCUCUGUAAAAAAAGCAAAAACAAAGAAAGCUUUUAUUCUGUUGAUUUUCAAACGAUUUUGUUGAAAAAAAAAAUCACAAGCUUCAUUCCUUUUGACCGGAUGACAUGAAGAUGUGAAAACUGUUGCUUUUAUAACUAAUCCCACUAAGUCAGAUUGUAUUUUAACAGAGAUGCUUUGGUGUUUAUGAACUGAGCUGAUUUGCAAAAGUGCAUCACUGUGCACCAGAACUGAAUAAAUAUUUGCAAAAAUGUUUAAUCAAGGCGUCUCAUUAACACCAAUCAACUUUAAAAACAGUUUGUGAAGUUUAUGUAUGGUUCAGCUAGUAUCACUUUAGCAGAAAUGUUUGUUUUAAAGUUUAAAAGGAAGCUUUUUGUAAUGUGUAAAAAAAAGUAUAAACCAAAGAAAUCAGUACCGUAGCUUAAAUAUUUUGUCUCAAAGCUUCUUUUUUUUUCAUAUUUCAGAUUAUAGAUUUCAAAUUUGCUACAAACACACUCAUUUUACCCCAUUGGUGCUUGUUGUAUCAGGUUUCAUUGAUGUAGAAAAUAGGCUUUACCUCCCUAAUAGCUGAUACUGUGGCAGUUCAGCCUGAAUGUAUUUCCUGUUGGCAGAGCCGAGUCUCUCAUUGCAAUUACAGUAUGUAUUGAACUUACAUGAUUCAUGAAAGGCCUUUUAAUUUCUGAAUAUUGAGAGGAUUUUGUUAACUUAAUAAGUGCAUAUUGCACUUUAACUAACACUGUGGAAGACCAGGGACAAUAAACCACACACAGGUUUAAAGUAGUGAGAGCAACAUCAGCACUAAUUAACUUCAUUGUUUAAGUAAAUGUACAAGAAAAAAAAUGAAGUCCCAGAAAAAACAUGUCUUAUUAGAAUAAAAUGUGUUCCUUUAA